AUGUCAAUAAAUAAUCAAUUGGGCGCCCCAAUGACCUCCCAAGAUGGCGAUGUGCCCCUCAAUUACGAUGUAGAUCCAGAGUCCCUUACCAGCGAGCGCCUAGAUUUUCAUUUUGAGCGAGUCCAGCUCCAGUUUGACCUCAAAAACCAAUUGACCAGAUUGCAUGUGGCCAACAAUAUUAUGUACAUACUCACAUCGCUGCUUGUUUAUAGAAUCGAUCUUGAUAACCCAUCCGAUGUUUCGCGAGUGCCAGCUCCUGCCGUGUCGGAGUCCACUAAGAUCACUAAUUCUUGGGUACAUCCCAAUGGAAAGUACUUGAUGAUACAAGUUAAUAAGACACAAUACUUCGUGUUGCAUAUGUCGUACCGUAAAUUCAAAGUGCUUCCGCGCUUCAAAGGACUCGAUGUUCGGGACAUUGCCUUUUCAGGUAAGUCCAGUGAUGAAUAUACGUCGGGCGACUUCUUGUGUGUCACCACCGACGGAAGCGUCUAUGUAGCUUUGCUCAAGCACCAUGAUCCUGCCACUCAAGACAAUAAGCGUGACGACAAAUAUGCAAAACAACUUUUCAAUGCAAAGGCACCGGCCACCGGGAUCGCAUACUCGCACAAGUUCCGCCAGAUUCAACUAUUUCUCCAAUCCGAGAUGCUUGUGUGGGACUGUGUUGAGCUUGUUCUAGAUGAGAUCACUCAGUCACUCCGGCAGCAUCCGAUCUCGACUCAAAUUCCGGACGGGUCCGGUGGAGCCUUGAUUCUGGCGCUGGAUGAUUGUUAUUACUACUUUGCUGCUGCCCUGAAUGAAUUUGUUUCUAGUGAUGAAGAAGCGGCAUUUGCAGAUACAAAUAAAUUGGAUGUCGAUAAUGUUGAAAUGAGUGGUCUUCCAAACUCCGUCUUCAUGACACCCCAUCACUUUACUCAUUUGUCUGCUGACCAAAAAUACGUCUAUGUCUUCGACAAGUUGAUGUCUCAGGGAGCAUUCAAGAAGAAUGUUCCAGAAAUUCAACAAGACGAAAAGAUACUUGGGUUGGCAGUGGAUUAUUUGGCCGAAACAUACUGGUUAUACACUUCAAAUAGUAUUCAUGAGAUCCUCUUUUCGAAUGAGCAAGCUUCAGUGUGGUACUCCUACUACAAGCUUGGAAAAUACACCAAAGCACUAGAAGUCCUCAACUGUGCGAAGAAUUCGCCUGAAAACUGGUUCAAGAAGAACGUUGUGAUGGUUAAGAAUGGGUACGACCUACUCCAAAGAGGCGGGUUUGGUAUGGAGUGUUCGCAAGAGCUUUCUCAAGAAGAACUUGAUCGUUUUGAACUUCAACGAGAAGGUGUGGAGGUUCUUGCGCAACUGCAAGAACAAUUCGAGAAGGUAUGUCUACUACUUUUGAACAACGAGCAAAGUGCGACAGCAAAAAUUUUAUCAAACAAACUUCUCAUUGAUUAUCUCUCUACAAAAUUUUCCCUAGCUAAAGAAGCGAAAAACAAAGUGCAGCAAGUUGCAUUAUCCAGUUGGAUUGUGAAGCUACAUUUGCAUCUCAUGUAUGUCAUCAAGCACGAUUUCUUGAACGUGUCGGAAAUUCUCACAAGCUCUGACCCAUCGGAAUCCAAAAAUUUUUGGCAGAGGCAACAUGACGAAAUUGAUGACGGCCUUAUGAAUUACCUUUCUAGGAACCACAAAUUCUUGGAUCAAAAAACAAUCUAUCAAUUGAUGAGGGAGUCUCAAUUUUAUGACAAGCUUAUAUCUUAUGCUGAGCUUCUUCAAGACUACGAAUACAUUGUUGAUUAUAACGUUGAUUUUGAGGAUUGGCUGGCUGCACUUAAAGCACUUGCCAAACUUUACUCCAGAGAUCCUGAAGUAGGCAAAGCUUUCAUUUACAAAACUUCGGAAGUAUUGCUCGUAAACAACGCUCGUCUCACUGUUGAUACCUGGCUCAGAUUCCCGGAACUCAAUUACGAAAAACUUUUGCCCGCGAUUCUUAGGUACAACAAGGGCACCAGCUACAUUCCAUUCUCUCAAAACUAUUCUGUCAUGUUUCUUCAACGCUUGGUACUCGAUAAAGGCAUCAAAAAUAGUGACAUCAAUAAUUACCUUCUUUCUUUGCUAAUUUCAUACCCCAAUGAGGAUGAUUCACUUGAAACGGAAAAAGCCUUGAAUAAGGUCUUGGAGUAUCUUCAAUCAAAUCAUGCAGGCUACAAUAGAGGACUGCCUUAUGAUAAAGAUUUCCUUCUCCGCCUCAGUCUACAGUUCAAACGAUACAAGUGCGCCAUUCUCAUUUUAAUUAAUAUGGGCCUCUACGAAGUUUCUCUAAAGCUUGCUUUAGAGCAUGGCUUGACGUCUUUAGGAGAAUACGUUCUUAGAGAUUAUGUUAAAAAUUCGUGGGAGGAUGAAGAGUCUCAAGACAAUUUUAUGAUUGAGACUACUUCGGCAGAGGAUUCCAAAAUUGUGGGCAAAAUUAAAUUGGAAGAAGACUCGUUUGCGUAUCGCCGCAAAUUGUGGCUCAUUUACGCGAAAUACUUGGUUGACAAGGUAUGCAAUGGCGAGAAACUUGACAUUCCUGGACUUCCCUCUGAGACAACUAAUCAGUUUGCCAAUAAGAAUGGGUCUGUAAAUUCAAAGAACGGAGUUCUGUCAAGCCAAUCGCCUGAUGUUAGCAAGGAAGCUGGUAUAGACAUAGAUUUGCAGAAUUCUCGUCUCAACCAAACACUUCACUAUUUGCUUCACUUGUCCUACUCCAGAGAUCAAAACUCUAGUGUGCUAACGCUUAAAGACUUGCUCCCAUUGUUCCCCGAAUCUAUUAAAAUAAUCCAUUUCCGAGAAGAAAUCGUUGAGUCUCUCAACUUUUAUAACACGAAAAUCAAUCAAUUAGGUUUGGAGAUGCAGGACUCGGCAUCAACAGCACAAAAGCUCAAGAAACAGAUCGAGCAAAACCAAAAGAAAGAGGUGAAGGGAUCGAUCUACACAAUUAUUGAACCCGGUGAAGCCUGUCAAUUGUGCUCUAAAUUGCUUGUUGACAAGAACUUCUUGAUUUUCCCAAACUGUCAUCAUGGAUUCCACAAGGACUGCACAGUAAGGUUUUACUUGAAGCUGAAAGGCGACUAUCGAUUCAAGAAGAUUUUUCAGAAUUUCAAAAAAACAUCAUCGCUUGAUGACAAAACGGAACUUGAUAAACUCCUACAGAGUGAAUGUCUUUUAUGCAAUGACAGUUUGCUAAAUAAAUUGGAGGAUCCUCUUAUCGAUCUGGAUAAGGAGAGACAGGAAUGGGAGGUCUGA